AUGACCCGCGACGAAGCACCCGUUCCCUGCAUCAUAGACACCGACCCGGGCGUCGACGACGUCCUCGCGCUCCUCCUCGCCCUCUCGUCCCCUCACCUGCUCGUCCUCUCCAUCACCCUCACCCACGGGAACUGCACUCUCUCCUCCGCCUCUUCCAACCUCCAGAAACUCUUCUACGCGUUGGAGCGACAACUCGAGGCGGAUCAGACGGGGCGGGAGAGGGAGAGGUAUUGUAAUGUUGAUCCGGCUUGGAGGAAGCAAUGGGGUGCGGGCCCGAUCGAGGUGUACUUGGGCAGCGAGGGACCGAUAGAGGGAGAGGCGGUCACGGCCAAGUAUUUUCACGGCAAGGACGGCCUGGGCGACGCCGCAACUCGGCAUCCGGACUUGACCCCUCCCUCCUCACACGCCUCCUCGCUUUACACCCUGCACGCCUCGACUCCCGCCCUCGAAGGCGUCUCAUCCCUCCUCUCCCGCCAUCCGCCAGCCUCGAUAGCCUACGUCGCCCUUGGACCGCUCACUUCCCUCGCGCAGCUACAUCGCGCGACGGUACAGGAGGGGAAGAUGCGCGAGUCGGCGCUGAGCAAGUUCGGGGUCAUCUUGAGCAUGGGAGGGGCCGUCGAGCAUCCGGGGAAUACCUCGCCCGUCGCCGAGUUCAACUACUACGCCGACCCUUUCGCCGCGCAAACCAUCGUCUCCCUCGCGCUCCCCAACCUCUACAUCCUCCCCCUCGACUUGACCUCGUACCUAACCCUGCCUUUCUCACUCUACACCUCCGCCGUCGACCCUUCUUUCUCCUCCACGCGCUCGCCCUCGAAUCCCACCACAAAAUCACCCCUAACACACUUCACCUCGUCCUUCCUCGAACGAACAGUCGAGAUCAUGCGUUCGUUCGGCGGCAACGCGAUGGAGCUUCACGAUCCGACAGUCGUGUAUUGCUUGAUUGACUGGGCGCGCAACGGACGGAUGAGGAACGAGGCGAGCGAGAGGGGGUUUGGGGUGGAUGGGGAGGAGGGGGAGGUUGCGCCUGGGUGGGCGUGGAGGCACUACGAUUUCGAGGUCGAGACCGUGGGCGCCAUCACGAGGGGCAUGCUAGUCCGCGACCUACGCGCCUCUUCCCGGUCCAGCACCUCUCUCACGUCCCGCACCGGCUUAACGCUCCGCACCGCAGCCAUCGACGCAUUGGACAUCGAGGAAGUCGAGGCGCAUCGGGCGGAGGGGGAGGCGAGUCGUGAGGAUGCGGAUGUGAGGAGACGGAGGAGCGGGGCGAGGGUUGUGGUUGGAAGUCCGGGGAGUGAGAAGUUGAGGAGGGAGCUGGUGAGGAGUGUGUGGGGGGUCGAGGUGGAAUAG